AUGGGUAUUCAGGGUCUUCUUCCACAACUAAAGCCCAUCCAAAACCCGGUGUCAUUACGUAGAUAUGAAGGUGAAGCGUUAGCCAUCGAUGGCUACGCAUGGUUGCACAGAGCUGCCUGUUCAUGCGCUUAUGAACUUGCAAUGGGAAAGCCGACUGACAAAUAUCUUCAGUUUUUCAUAAAACGGUUUAGUCUGCUGAAAACUUUCAAAAUUGAACCAUAUUUGGUGUUUGAUGGGGAUGCCAUCCCAGUUAAAAAGUCCACUGAAUUCAAAAGAAGGGAUAAGAGGCAAGAGAGCAAAGCCAUCGCUGAAAGACUAUGGGCAUCCGGGGAGAGGAGAAAUGCGAUGGACUAUUUUCAAAAGUGUGUUGAUAUAACUCCUGAAAUGGCAAAAUGCAUCAUAGACUAUUGCAAACUUAACGGUAUCCGUUACAUUGUGGCCCCGUUUGAGGCAGACUCCCAAAUGGUGUAUCUAGAGCAAAAGAACAUUGUGCAGGGGAUAAUUUCUGAAGACUCGGAUCUUCUCGUAUUCGGAUGUCGACGUCUUAUUACCAAGCUAAAUGAUUACGGAGAAUGUUUGGAAAUAUGUCGAGAUGAUUUUAGUAAACUACCCAAAAAGUUCCCAUUAGGAUUGUUAAACGAUGAAGAAAUUAGAACUAUGGUUUGUCUAUCUGGUUGUGAUUAUACCAACGGCAUCCCCAAAGUAGGCUUGAUUACGGCAAUGAAACUGGUCAGAAGGUUCAAUACUAUUGAAAGGAUUAUUCUGAGUAUACAGCGAGACGGGAAACUGACUAUUCCAGAAGCAUACAUCAGUGAAUACGAAGCGGCAGUCAUGGCGUUUCAGUUUCAAAGGGUCUUCUGCCCUAUUCGGAAGAGGAUAGUGAGCCUGAAGGAAAUUCCUUCACACUUAAAGGAUACCGAAAGUAAGAGACAAAAGUUAUAUGAGUGUAUUGGUCAUGUUAUACACAGAGAAACUCAAAAAAAGCAAAUUGUGCAUUUUGACAACGACAUAGACCAUCAUUUGCAUCUGAAAAUCGCUCAAGGAGAUUUGAGCCCAUAUGACUUCCACCAACCUUUAGCGAACAGAGAACGUAAACUACAAUUAGUAUCCAAAUCGAAUUUAGAAUUCGGGAAAGGCGAUAACAACGGCACGGAAGUUAAGGUCAAACCAAUAGAAUCGUUUUUUCAAAAAAUGCAAAGAGUGGAUCAUGCUCCCAAAAUUGUAGCCAACUUUCAUAACAUAAGGCAAGUGGAAGAUAAACUGACUAGAACUAUCAAGCGUAGGAAGUUAAGUAAUGUUGCUGUAGUUCAAGAAACUUUUAGGGGCGCAACAAGUAAAUUUUUCAAUAAGCCCUCCGUGACAACCGUGGAAGACUUUGGAGAUGAAGAAAACAACUCACAAUAUUCUAAAGGGGAGACAAACUCACAGCCACUUGUGGAAUCUGUUUCUGAGUCUCAGUUAUCUACACAAAUACCCAGCUCUUUUACUAGAGACAAUCUAGAGGCUGAUGAUAAUCCAAGCGAAGAAGUGUCAGAGGUUGUAAGCGAUGCCGAAGAAGGCCGGGAAAUCAAGCGAAGUCUUGAUCAAGUGAAUAUGAGUCAUGACAGUUAUGAAAUCCAUAGCACAGACGAUGACGAUGAUGAUGAUGAUGAUGAUGAUGAUGAUGUUUUUUGUGUUAAUAAUGGUGACGUUGAUAACAAUACUACUGAGGAUUACAGUGAAUCCUUUGAUCGUAAGGCCCUAACAAGCAGUACUAGUUCAUUACCACGGUCGUCUCAAAGAAGCAUAUCGGGGUGCACAAAGGUUUUACAAAGAUUUAGAUAUUCCAAGUCAUUUAGUGGAGGGAGUCCUAGCAGACAGCCAUUAUUCCCGCGCAAUGUCAAUCAAAAAAGUAAAGGAAUGGUAUAUGUCAAUAGAAAGAGAGAUGAUGGCGAUGAAAGUGCUGAUGAUAAAAACGUGAGCAUACAAAGGCCCUCGCUAAGGAAAAGCCUCAUGGGUGCCAAAUCGCAGAGUAUAGUCAUUGGUACGAAGAGUGUCGACGACAGAAAAUUAUUCAAUUCGUCACCCAUCUUGCAUGAAGGGAACAAGAAAACCGAUAUUAGGAUUACCAAGCCAAGCCAAAGCCAGCCGGCGGUUAGGUCUGUGUCCUUGCUUUCCCAAUUUGUUUAUAAAGGUAAAUAA